AUGGAUUUGAUGAUACGAAGACAUGAGUUCUUUGAGGCCCAUUGGAACUGCUCGCAAUACAACGCUAGUGCGAUUCCGGAGAGCGAGCGACGACAUCCCUUUUAUGGACUGUUCUUGUUCGGCGUCAGUGUGGUCUACAUGGUAAGGGAGGUCUUAAUUUGCUGAUUUUAGGGAGUUUUUGAGUCAAAUCACAGGGCAUAUUGUGAACAUUCAUCCACUGAAGUUUUACUCCGUUUUUAACGGCAACGCGAUGUUCAACGGGCUUCUUUACAAGAGUACGAAAAAUCCCGAAGGGUCAGCCAGACAAAAAGGAACUUUAUCUGUCUGGCCCACUCUCCACAUUUUGCGUGCUCUCCCGUGAAAAGAUCGUUGAAAUGCCGCUGAAAAGCCCGACUAAAGCUUCCGAGAAUGAAUUGAAGACUACGAACUUAAAGUUUUGCAUUUAACGCCCGAUCUAUUGCAGUCGGGAAACGAGUUCAAGGGAUACGCCCAGAUCUUUCCGCAAGCUUUAUAGCUCCAAUUAUACAAGAUUUUAAAGGUAUAUUAAGUGAAAUUGCGGGGCAAUUGUGUAAACUGAAUUUCACGCUAUUUUGUUCCACGUGUUUUCUAAGUUUGUAAACAUCGGAAAGGUUAUUUAUUUCGAAAAUUUCUGGAAUUUCGUGGAUUACAGAUGCUACCGUAACACUACCAAGUUUCCAAGGAAAUAGUUACGGAAGAUGUAAAUGGAAACAACAACAACCUGAGAUUAUAUUACUUCAGGUACUGUACGUCCCAUGUUUGUACGCGAUGACCAGGAAAGAGCUCUACGCCAAUCCCUGCUACAAGAUCAUGGUCCAGAUGGCCUGCUACGACUGCAUUACCAUCCCAAUUACCGGUCUUUUAUCCGGAUUUCUCAGCUUUUACGGAGUGAUGUAUUGUGAUGCAAGAUUGAUGAAUAAUAUUGUUGGAACUGUACUACUUGGUAGGAAACUUUAUUUCCUAUUUCGACAAAAUCAUUAAAUUUAAAGUUUCGUAGUCUUUACACUAUUUGGAUACAAAAAUGAUAUUACAGUUGACCUUUUAAGGGUUUGGAUGGCAUACUCCUGGGCGGCGGUGAUCCUAGCGCUGAACCGCAUUGCCUCACUAACUGACAAGAAACACUGGUUCCGAAAAAAUCCCGUCUACUUCUGGCUGUCCAUCCCCUUGCUGGUUGGCCUGGUGUCUUCGGUUUUUGGAACCCCAGUCGCGUACUCUCCCAUCUUGGGAAGCUGGACGUUCAACCCAUUCAUCGAGAGUGUGGUGGAUGUAGACAACUUUGUAAGAACAUGUUCUACAUGGACGUAUCACAAAAUGUAGCAAAAUACCUCCCUCUCCAAGUGAAAAGUCUCCGAUUUCAAAAGCCGCCCGCUCUUUUUGUAAGGCAUGGUUCAAAACGGAGUUUCUUUAGUUGUAGAGAGGCAUUUCGCCACAUUUUUUGAUGCUUCCCGUAUGCAAAAUGGUACGUUUUUCGCCACUGGGUCAGGUCCAGCACUGUAAAAUCUUGAUAUUACGAUGAUUUAAUUUAUGUCCCAAAAUAAUAAAAGAUAUCUGACAUACGCCUGAAAAUCCCCUAUAAGGUCCGUUUUCAGUAUUCCAUGCCAAUUCACAAUGCAGACAACCUGUCCUUCAGCAUUAUACUGCCUACAAUUUACAUCGUCUUCUUCCUGAAAAACCGAGCCUUACUAAAGAGUAAAAGUCACUCAGUAGCUUCGAAAAAGGAUUUCAGUGUAAGUUUACUCCAUCUUCUACAAGGCAAAUGUAUUUUCCCCAAUAAAAGAUUGAUCUUUGUUAAAAACGAGAUCACCUGACCUAGUACAAUAUAAAUCUGUCAAAAACCCUAUAAAAAGCCUAUCUUCAGCUGUUCAUUCAAUGCUGUAUAAUCAGUGCCUGCAUCACUGUAGCUGCCACCGGCUAUACCUUCAUUCAAUUCUUGCCGCUACCUUUGUGGAUCGCUAAAGUUAGUCACAUCUUGUGGCUUCUAGUGCAAGGUAAAUAAAACUUAUCCGAAAGGAUAUUAAUCCCCUAAAAAUCCAUUAAAAUAUUAUCUGCAGGCUCUCCACCAAUAGUCUACCUUCUAAUCAACCGGAGUAUUCAACGAAUCCUCCUCAAGAAGAUCCUUUUUCACGUCAAAUCGACGUUGGCCAGUAACUCGGGUGGUGGAAAUUCGUUUGGAAAUGUGAUCGGUACCGCUCCGAGCAAUGCAUAUUCCUAA